UCAACAUUGCCAAUGAUGAAGCCGAAGAUGAUGAAGAGUAAACUUUUGCUCUGGAAAGAAAAAAAAAUAAAAAAGAAUGGCCAGUAAAAGGGUGAGACGAGAACGAACCCGCCGGGCAAAAAAAAAACAAAAAAGACUUUUUUUUUGAAUGCUCGCAAAUCACAAUCUCUGUGGACUAUGUAUAUACAUCAUUAUUGCCGAUUGCUGUGGCUUUGAUCCCACGGUCCCAGACGCGAGGUGACGAAAGAAAGUUUAAAAUGGCAACAAGGUGUGUUGUAUAUUCUAGUAGGAACAUUUACGUGAGCCGGCUUUUCGUUCUGCUCGUUUUUCUUGGACCUUUCUUCCUGAUGCAUGUCCAAGCAAACGCAUACCGUGUUGUGAAAGCAAGAGUUACCAUCACAUGCUUCAAAAUACCAAAUACACAGUUAGCGGACCCUAUAUCGAAUGAGUGCUGGAGUACGCCUUUUUUAAAACCUUCAUCCUUGUCACAAGUUAACUUGAGUAUCAGCGACAUACAAUCCUUCCGCAACAAUGCUGUGUCAGGGUAUGAGCUUCCAUGCCUACGUGUUUCUAUCAGUGUCAAACUACGUAGCAUCACGUAAGAUAAAAGUACCUCUAGUGUUUAGCAAAUGCACUGUGGGCACUUGAUCACCAAGCAAGUUGCUAAGCAAGAAUUUUUCUUACUAUCGAUAAAACUUUUAAAUGGAGUAUUCGUGUAAAACUUGAUCGAUGAGUCGCAAACAGUUGGCCGACAGUCACUGUAUCUCCAUUCUUACUAUUAGCCGUACAUAUCCAC